GAACAGCGUAAGAAAGUAAAAGCUGUGAGAGAUAAAAGAGACGCUAGAGAGAAGAAGAACCAAGCGAGAAAGGAGCAUAAGCCAAAGAAGAAGGCUCCAGCAGAGAAAGAACAAUCAGAGGAUAUCAACGAGGAUGAAGAUGAAGACGAGGGUGAUGUACCAGAGGAAUCACAGAAUAACGUAGAUGAUGUACUCAAUAUGGAACUUAGCGAGGAUGAGGAAGAAGAAGACGAUGAUGAAGAGGUUAUCCGCUGAAGAAGCUGAAAACUCUGACGUUGAGCAAGAUGAGAAAUCUCACGCUGAGGCAAUCAAAAACUUAAGCAAAACUGAUCCAGAAUUCUUUAAAUUUUUACAAGAGAAUGAUAAGAAUUUACUUGAGUUUGAUGAGUCUGAUGAUGAACAAGAAGAUGGCGAGGACGACGCAGGUGACAAUUCAGAUGACGAUGAAGCAGCCGCUUUAGCAGAAAUGGAAGGCUCACAAAGUAAAACCACAAAACUUACAAACAAGAUGCUCAGAGAUUGGCAAAGAGCUAUUAUCAAUCAUCGCAGUUUGAGAAGCUUUAAGAAGCUCAUUUUAGCAUUCAGAUCAGCUGCAUUCUCUACUGACAUGGAUGAUGUGCCAAAAAAGCAAUCACAAAACUUCACUUUUGAGAUCGAUUCAGCCGAUUUAUUCAAUAAAGUUGUAUUAACGGCAUUCAAGUAUACUCCAAUCGUUUUAGCUCAUCACUGGCCAUGUAAGGAAUUACCUAAUGGUAGAUUUAAGUUGUCACCUUCACCAAAUUCAAUAUUACCAAAGUUAGUAUCAACUUACUUAAACAGCGCUUUAUUCUUGAUCGGUCACUUCCCAGCAACUUCAGAUAAUCUUGACGAUGAACAAGACGAAAGCGAAGGUGGUAUACUCAAAGUUGCAGUUAGUGAAGUUGGUAAAGUUAUUCCAUAUGUUGUUGGUGGAAGAAAGGGAAUCAAGUCCUUACUUAAAGUAUUACUCGAACUUUGGUCAUCCGCCAAAGAUAGCGUUCGUAUUGCAGCCUACAUGUCAAUACGCAAGAUUGCACUUGCUGGUGAUACCAGUGUUGUAGAUUUGACUUUGAAAUCUACUUACCUCACAUUUAUCAGAACUUGCAAGCAAACAAGUGUACAUACUCUCCCAUCAAUUAAUUUGAUGAAAAAUACUGCUGCUGAGCUAUACAAUAUGGACCACGGCGCUUCUUACCAACAAGCCUUUGGUUACAUUAGACAACUUGCAAUUUUACUCAGAGGUGCAAUGAAAACAAAAUCAAAGGAAUCAUUUAGACAGGUAUACAACUGGCAAUACGUACACUGUGUUGAUUUCUGGAGCUUGGUAUUGAGUUGGGCAAAUGAUAAAUCAGCACCUGAAUCAGAAUUACAAGCAUUAAUUUAUCCACUAGUACAAGUAUCUUUGGGUGCUAUCAGAUUAGUUCCAACUAGCAGAUACUUCCCAUUGCGUUUCCACAUGAUUAGAUCAUUAUUGAGAUUAGAACAACGUACAGGUGCAUACAUUCCAAUUGCAGCACCAUUGUUGGAAAUAUUAUCAUCAGCUGAGUUUAAACGUCAACCUAAAAAGUCAACACUCAAACCAAUCGAUUUCGAAAAUUACAUAAGGGUACCUACGACAUACAGCCGUACGCGCGUUUAUGUUGAAGGAUUAGCAGAUGAACUUGUUUACAUUCUCUCAGAAGCUUUCUUCACAGUUGGAACAAGCAUUGCUUUCCCAGAAUCAAUCGUACCUGUUGUUAGUAUCUUGAGAAAGACGAUAAAGAAGUCACCAUCUGGACCAAAGGUUGUCGGUCAAUUCAAGGCACUAGUAGAAAGAUUAGAAAGUCAAGCUAAAUUGAUUGAAACUGAAAGAACCAAGGUUGAUUUCAGUCCAGGUGAGAGAGGACAAAUAGAUAGAUUCAUGGAAGCUACACCAGUAGAGUCAACGACAUUAGGAUCAUUCGUUAAGAUAUUAAGAAAAGCUAGAGAUCAAAAGCGUAGUCAGUCAACUGAAAUAAAGGACGAUGAUGAUAGCGACUUAGAAGCAGCACCAGAUGCAGAAGAAGUCGAAGACGACGAGGAGUUGGAAGAAAUGGAUGAAGAGUGAAAUUAUUUGUAAUCUUUUAUUCCUUUUGAUAGAUAUUAAC